AUGAGGCUCAGCUGCGUCGCAACUUGGACGGCGCUGAUUUGUCAGGCAUCUCUCAUUUCCAGAAGCGACCAGGCUGAGUCACCUGAAUCAGCUUCUUUGGGCUCGUUGGAUACUCCAGGAGAUGUGUCAUCCUGCCUCUUGCCUCCACAUGGCGGAUCGGGCACACGUGUGUCAGAGGCGCCGCUUGCGCAUCCUGAUGGAGCCGACGCAGCCCAGGGCUCCACUGAUUCACCCGUUAGUGUGCAACAUACAAGCGAGAAGGGCAAGAACCUUUCAAAACACUUUCCGGAAGACUCGGCAGAAGACAUAGUGGAAGCUGCUGGCGCGCAGAUUCCCGCUCUGGCAUCGGCGGGAUCGGCACGGACGGGGCGUGCGCUUCGUGGCAGCGAUAUUUUAUACAGCGAAUCGCGGCCACACUCGUACAGCGACCGACUGACCUCGUCUGCGUCUACAGCAACUCGUGCUGCCACGCCAAUGCCCCGCCCCACGCUUGCUGUUGACUCGAAAUUUGUAUUCGUCCUUCACCGGCAUGGAGCUCGGUCAGCGGCCUCGUACGCGUCCUCGACGCCUCUCUACGGAGAUAUCCAGCGUGAGCAGCUGCUUCCCACUGGAGCGGCGCAGCUUCGCAACUCCGGUUGGGAGCUCAGGCACUACCUGUUGUCGAGCUACAGCCCGUCACGCCGCGACUCCGAUAACGGUAAACGCGGCGACGAAGCGCCGUGGGUAGCCUCGAAGUCUUCGGCAACCCAGUCUGAGGCGAACCGACCUCAGGUGCCCCACGCAGUUGAUCCGGCAAUAAAGGGGUCCUCGGCAGGCCUAAGUGCGGGCAUUCUUGCGUGUCUUGCCUGGGCUGACGUGGUUUCAGACUGCGCGCAAUUGCCUGACGCAUUGGCCAUACUGAUGCGCAUGUUCCCUCCCUCCAGCCUUUUAGUGCGGGCGUCGGCUUAUCCUCGAACCAAAUGGAGCGCUGCGGCUUUUCUAGAAGGUUUUUACGGUCUUCCGCACGGAUUUCUCGUCUCUCCGGAGGACCUUGCGCGCGAAACGGGAACCAAGAGUGGAGAGCCGUGGUGUCUGUCGCGAGAGGUGUGCGCGCAUGAUUCCAGCGCCCAGCCGCAUGCACCUGUCAGCUUUCCUGGUUCGUCAGAGACUCGGGUGCCAGGUUUGGAUGUUUCCACGUUUAGCGGCCCAGGGGGUUGCACGGCCUUGAGCCUGCCCUGCAUUCUGUCGGCUCCCGUUGCGUCCGACGUGUUUCUGAGAGGCGCGAUCAUCUCAGGAGCCCCUGCGGAGCUGUGGAAACUCUACAAUGAGGUCCAGGCAAAGCCCGCGUGGAUCGAGAAGGCCGCUCAAGUGCAGUCCGUCUUGGACACGGUGGCCGAAGUGUAUGGCCCGGAUGCUGUAGGGAGCAUGGGGUGGCUGGCGGGGGAUAUGCUCAUCAGCGAAGAAGCGGUGGGCGAGAAGGUGCCGCUGCGGAAACUGCACGAUUGGCUCGACGGCCAAGGCGCUCAGAGACCGCGCGCCGACAAGGAAGAUGCGGCUGCAGGCGAGGCUGCUGCGCCAGUCACCAGCGAGCCCGCGACUCCAAGCGAGGCGAGCCAUGGCGCGCACGCCUCCACAUAUACGGAAGUCAUCGAGGGUAUUCGGGAAGCGUUCAGAGCAUGCUACGACUUGGUCUACUCCGACGAAAAGAUGCGCACGUACGCGUCUCAGGGAGCACUGCGUUUUCUCAAUGCCAUGCUGCGGGUCAAGACUUACGGCAGAUCGGCAGAUUUUGAGGAGCUCCGCAGGGUCGCGGAAGAAGUCGGCGGCUUCGAGACGCUGUUUCCGACGCAAGCUGCGCCAGGGGGCAGCGACGACGAACCUUUCGAGGCAGGGUGGGAGGCGCAGUUGACGCGUCCCGCGAUACAAGAGGAGCAGAUUCACAAGACAAUCGACGACAUCAAGGUCAUGCUCGCAAGUCUGCACGACCACUCCAUCAUCGCGUUUCUCGCGACGUUGAAGGUGUACGACCACAAUAUUAUCCCUCAUGGCGCGAGAAUGUAUGUAGAGCUUGUACAGAAACAAGCCCCACUGUCCGCCGGUGGGGAAAUGUUGGAAAACGGCCCGGAUGUCCUUGCCCGGCGCUUCGAGCCGUUCACGGAGGACACGGGCGUGGAUUCUCGACGUCGAGAACUGUCGGCUAAUGCGGGCACGGCAGACAAGCAGGCGCCGGCACGGUUCAUGCCGACGCGUGAGAAUCGCUCUCACGAAGGAGCGGAUGGCGAGGAACGCAGUGAAUGGCCGCAUUCAAGUUUUUUCGUAGAAGUUUUGUACGGCACGCCAGAAGUCGCAAUGCGUGCAGUAACUCUGCCUUUCUGUGCCAAGGAUUCGGGACUCCGCGGCACGCUACCCGAGACUAUGUGUCCACUGAGCGUGUGGCUCACGCGGACAUACCAGGCGCUCGGACAAUAA